CUUACAGAGGAAUAGGCAUCUCUGUUCCACUUCAACUUCUGAUGACAGGCAGAAAAGAAUUCUGCACAUAUUAAAGAAAAAGAAUUUUGUACUGAUGGUGGAGUUACAUAAAUGGUUACAAAAACUUGGAAAGGAAAAUGGAAAAAUAAUGGACAGGAAGACAUUGAUUCGUACUUUGAAUAAUCUUCAACAAGAGGGUAGCUGUAAGUGUAUCAAAAUUAAUGUCCCAAUUGUUACAAACUACACAGGAAGUCGUUCCAUUGAUGUAGUACUGAAUCCUUCUGUCAAGGUCGUGUCACCGGAACUCAUUGAUCAAAUUAGGAACAGACUAAGGAAUUUUGAUUCUCAAAGUCGUUCAGGUGCAGCAGCUAAAUUGAACAAAAAUCAGCAUAUGGCUGCCAUACAUGGACUGAGGAUUCAGCGCAGAGCCAAAGUUAAAAAAACACCAGUAUCAGAAGCUAUAUAUGCCAAUGGAUUCAUAGGUGCAAAGAUGAUUCGGGCAAAGCUGUUGCAUAAAUUUCUGUGGGAAUAUGUUAGCGGCUUGCCAAAUUGGUGCAACCUAUUUUAUUGUGCGAAAGAAGGGCAGCAUGGCAACAAGUUUGAUCAAUCAUGUCAGUUGUUUUCAGUCACAGAAGCUAUUGAAAAAAUGCCUCUUGAACUCUUUCUUCAAGUUGUGGGAUCUCCAAAGGUGGACAUCACUAUAACUAAGUGUUCUGGGAGAACACUUUCAGAGAUUCCUAUCAGCCAAUACAAUUUACUCAUGGACGCUCAUGCCAAGGGCCGUCUCUCACGCUUAAUAAAUAUUUUAGAUAAGCUCAAGUUGAUUGAACUUGUAAACAAACAUGUAGAGGAUUCUGAUGUGCGUCCAAGGGCUGUCACUACAUAUUCACUGGAGAUCAGGCCUUACAUUGAAGAACCUACACCAAGAGUUAUUCCAUCAUCACAUGUCAGUGUUAACCAUCAUCCAAAAUUUCGGCAUGAUUUUGUGCUUUCAAAGCUGGAGUCUGUCGAUGCUUACUGGGAAACGUUAAAGUACUGCUAUCUAACAGCAGGAUUGGCUGAUCAAAAUGCCUUUCCUGGCAACUGUGUACCUGAGGUUUGUCAUCUGUGCUACGCACCUUCGUACUUUAUCUUUACAUUGUUAUAA